UAAAUAUUUUGCGUUUAUUCAAACAAUGGUUAACCACGAAGCUAUUGCCAUAGUAAGAUUGUUCUAACAAUAUAGCGCUCCGUCUGUGUAGAAAAACAUUCUCUUGUCAAAACUGCAUUCUGCGGAAGACACACUUCAGAAGAAUCUACUUAAGCAAGGAGGAUUCCUAGCGAAGAUAACAAUGAUUUUGGAAUGUACUGCUGGGUCAAACAAUAAAUAAACGCUCUCUCUCGUCGUUAUCCGUGGGAAGUUAAGUCAGGAAGCAAUACAGAGAAGUUUGAAACGUUUUAACAAAUUGAAAACUUUCUUAAAUGUCUUCGAUUGGAAUUGACGCAUCUUUGGCAAUUCUUCGUCAAGAAUUGGAAGGAAUGCAAAGACAGGACAAAGCUUUGUACACACAGCUUUUGACACUUCAAGAAAGCAUUCGUGGCUUAAAAACUGAACUGAAAAAAGAGAGAGAGCACUGCGAGGAAGCUUUGGAAGAUAUUUCGGGAAAUGAAUUUGAGGAGGAGGUGUUUGCGGAAGUACAUGGAAAAAAUUUAAUUCAAAAUAGCCGCGAGGAAAAUGAUAAUGAAAACGAGACAACUGAAGAUGGAUUUCAGACUCAAGGUAUAUGGAAACACGAUCGACAAGAUUCAGGGAUAUCUGUAAAAACCCCGGAGGCAGACUCGAAUGAUAUUUUGACAAGCUCUUCAUCAAAACACAAUACACAAGACUUCCUCAAAUCUCCUGCAAGCAUCUCAGACCAUAAGCCGGAGUUAAUCUCACUUAGCAAACACGAACUAAGCUCUCAUGUCAAAACAAGCAAUGUUGAAAUACCACAAAAGAAAACAUCAAAUACUAAGACGGUGAUAAUCCAUCAUGGUAAACAGGAUUCUGGUAUCCUGCUGGACGAGGAGGCCGUGAGGGACACGAAACUCUUGUCCAAAUUAGUUGAAAGUUCCCCGGAAAUGUUUGAGAAGAUGCAGAAUCGAAAAAUCGAUCGCAUUAUUCACAACAAGUGGAUGAGAGUUCGUGAAAAUUCUUUGGGAAAUGUUGACAGUUCACAUCAGCACAAACGUUCCUGGUCUAGCAGCGAUCUUCUUUUAAAAAAUAAAUCCCACAAUGAUCUUCAAUAUCAACAUUCCACAUCAAGUCUUCUCCCCAAUCCUUCUCAUAGAAAUUCCUGUUCUCAGAGAACAUUUACGCCAUUCACGGCAAAAGGAAAAGACUUCAGUCGAGGCCUUGGGAAAACUCCCUGCAAUGACUCGUAUCUCAAAAUACUCCCGGUUCAUGCUCGUAGCAGUUCUUGUCCACAAACCUUAAUUGACCCCGGAUCAGAAAUUCGAAGAAAACAGUCAAUAAAAAAGAUGAACGAGCCGAAUAAAGACGAUGAAAAACAACACGUUAAACCUUCCGUUGAAAUAGAAAGAGGAUUUGGAAGAGAUGAAAAACAAAGAUCAGGGAAAUAUACGAGCUCAAGCGAAACUCAUCGAAAGUCUCUGAUCGUUAAUGAACGUGUUACGCCAUCAAAGGCUUUAGAUGCACCAGUUAACUCUGGCCCCUCAACGUCUGUUUUGAAACAACCUUUUGUCCCGAAGCACCAUCACUCCAAAUCUUUGCCUCUGACCCCUGCGAGUGGUCUUAGCUUGGCGGGAAAUUUACUAAGCAUACAACAAAAUAGACGGAGUAUGGAAAGUAUUUCCGACUUGAAAGUAGUUCCUGCGCAACAAAUGCGUCCUUGUAAGAGAAGCGCGAGUUAUGUUGAUGUUGGAAAUUCAGUAGAAAACAAUCAUAGUAGUUCGUCACAAAACAAUGAUAAGACUGGAAAAGGAGCCUCUCAAACUGACAGUUUAAACCAAGUAAAUGAGGAUGCGGGGAAAGAUAUUUCUAGACAGGGCUCUACCGCACAAACAACACCAAAUAAAGCAAGAAUUGUCCAUAUCGACAACUCGAAAUCAUCUCAAGAUCAGGAUAACGUGAAGACUGUGCAAACUGUGACAAUCUUAGCAAGCGAAGUAAACAUCUCGAAUAUAUCAGACAAAAAAAUAUUGUCACAUAAAUAUAACCCAGAGGAUGAAGAGACUGGGAGCCACCGAGCAAAUGUCGGCCCGAAACGGAGAUCCACGAUAAUGAACAUUGAUACUGGAAGGAUAUUAUUAAGACAACAACCUGGCAUGAUCGCCCAACGAUUCCUUGCCCCGAGAAAUCACCUACGUCAUCGUACUGCGCCAGAGUAUAACGUCAUGCAUCGACGUCAUUCAAUGAAUACAUUCCACGCGCCGUCAAAGUCAUGGGACGGAUAUACGAGGAAAAUACCUGAAGUAACUAAGGGAAUUGUGAGAUCAGCGAGUCAGGUUUCUUUAGUAUAAAUGUAGUAUCAAAGUUAUUUUGACAUAAAAAUUAAAAAUCAUAGAAAUACUAAUUUAAAACACGUUAAAACCUUUUUACUAGCAAUAAAAACUAUUAUAGAUGUACGUUUUCAAGUAAAGCAAAAAAUAGCACCUGCCUUCCUAGAAGAUAGGGAAGAAAAAAUUUCCCGCAUAUUUUAUAUUAUCUUAUCUUAUCUUAGUUAAAAUAUUAUUUAAACUUACGUAAAUAAUUUAGUUGAAUUUGAACGAGGCCUGUUUACUUUAAUUAAAGGUGGAUUUUUUUAUAUCUUUCGUUAGUUAUCUUUAGUAUUCUGCACUAAAUAUAUUAUCAUUUUGAACAACUAACUAUUAUAAUUUCUGACCUGCUAUUUAAUGAAACUAAAUACUUGAAUUUGUUUGAGGUAAACAGGUUUAUCAUAACUAUGCACAAUGUCAUUUUAAAUUACAAUAAUAAAUUAAUAAAGCAAUCUUUUUUGUACCA